AGUUUAAUCAUCAAACAUGGGUAGGCUACGCUUCGUAAGUGUCGAAUUUGGAGUUAACAAUAGCCUAUAUGAAGGCAAUACAAACCAAGCCACAAGAAGACGUGACUCGUUCCCAAAAUAUGCAUCGCGUUUUUUUUUAGGAACUGUUUAUCUCGUGCAUUCGUCAUGUGGUUAUUAUCAAAAGGAAGUUUUUGUGCAGUGAAGCGCUGGAUUGUGUCCGAAUUAAGUCAUCAACAAACAUCGGUGCUAUUUGAUGAAUAGUGAAGACAUCACUUUUACAUUAUGCGGUUUCUGUAUCAUUCCUAAACAUAGCUUACACGGCAGGGACUUUUUUGGCUUUGUUUAGUCGGGAAAAGCAUAACAAAGAACCCCCAUUGUCCUCAUUGUUUGUUGGAUUUUAGUGAGCAGAAGAUGUAGAAUGAAGUGCAUCGGCCCUCCUAGGCUACAUCUGUUCAGGGUCUUUGGGUCUGUGCGCAAUGCUACAAUGUUUCUUGGGAAAUGCCUACCAAAUGUUUCUACUUGAAUUCCAGAAAUACCCAAGAAUGUCAUUGAACUCCGCCCAGGACCACAGGACUGGGGUGAGGGUGGCCAUCAAGAAGCUCCACAGACCCUUCCAGUCAAAGCUCUUCGCCAAGAGGGCCUACAGAGAGCUCCGGCUUCUCAAGCACAUGAAGCACGAAAAUGUGAUUGGAUUGCUGGAUGUGUUCACUUCUGAGAUCUCAUUGGACAGGUUUCAUGACUUUUACCUGGUAAUGCCAUUCAUGGGUACUGAUCUGGGGAAACUGAUGAAGAUGGAGAGAUUGUCACAGGACAGGGUGCAAUUCCUGGUCUAUCAAAUGCUGAAAGGACUCAAGUAUAUCCACUCUGCAGGGAUCAUCCACAGGGAUCUCAAACCUGGAAAUUUGUCUGUCAACGAAGACUGUGAGCUGAAGAUCCUUGACUUCGGGCUGGCUCGGCAGACGGACACAGAGAUGACGGGGUACGUCGUCACUCGCUGGUACAGAGCCCCCGAGGUAAUCCUCAAUUGGAUGCACUAUACCCAGACUGUGGAUAUCUGGUCGGUGGGCUGCAUCAUGGCAGAGAUGCUGCUGGGGAAGCCGCUGUUCAAAGGAAAUGACCACCUGGACCAACUGAAAGAGAUCAUGAAAAUCACUGGUACACCCACUGCAGACUUUGUGACGAAGCUACAAAGCCAAGAUGCCAAAAACUACAUACGGAGCCUUCCCAAAGUACCGAAGAAAGAUUUGCACUUUCUUUUUUCCAAAGCUAGCUCAGACGCGGUGUGUGUGCUGGAGCGCAUGCUGUUGCUGGACCCUGAGCGGAGGGUGAGUGCCUCGGAGGCGCUGGCCAUGCCCUUCUUCAGCGAGUUCAGAGAACCAGAGGAGGAGACUGAGGCCCAGCCCUACGAUCACUCCAUGGACAACACAGACCUGCCCCUGGAACAGUGGAAACGCCUGCAGCAACAGAGACCAAGGACCCCAAAGAGACAUCACUCUGAGAGUACACACAAAAUACCUGUCAAUUAUUAUUAUAAGGCGUUGUUGUACAGAUGUAAUGCGAAUGCAAUGUACAGAAUGUAGUUUAUUGAUUAUAAAUUGAUUUUCUGCCAAAUAAACAUUUUCAAAGAUA